AUGGCUGGUCCCGUGCGGCAACCCAUCGACAUCCAGUCAUUGGAGAGGUUCAUUGACAGUAAUGUGCCCUUGAUCAAGACUCCACUUGAUGUGAAGCAGUUCGGAUUCGGCCAGUCAAAUCCAACUUACCAGCUCACCGAUGCCACUGGCACGAAAUACGUCAUGCGCAAGAAGCCCCCUGGCAAACUUCUUUCCAAGACGGCGCAUCAAGUCGAGCGAGAAUAUCAGAUUUUGCAUGCCUUGCAGCCAACCGAUGUCCCCGUACCGAAAGUAUAUACACUGUGUGAGGAUGGCAAUGUGAUUGGAACGGCUUUUUACAUUAUGGAGUUUCUAGAUGGGAGGAUGAUCACCGAUCCUGCUAUUCCGGGUGUGAGUGCUGAAGAGCGGCAUGAGAUAUGGCGUGACGCAGUUCGAACUCUUGGAAAGUUGCACCGUGUGGACCCCAAAUCAGUCGGAAUGGAGAAGUUUGGCAAACACACUGGCUUUUAUGACCGCCAAAUCUCAACGUUAGGACGGGUAUCUCAAGCGCAGGCCCAAGCUGUCGAUGUUGACACAAAGGAGCCUGUUGGAGAACUCCCAUACUUCCAGGAGAACGUGCGCUUCUUCUCAAACAAAAGCCUACAGCCCCGAGACCGGACUACAUUUGUACAUGGUGAUUAUAAGAUAGACAAUCUUGUCUUCCACAAGACCGAGCCGCGAGUCAUUGGCAUACUGGACUGGGAAAUGGCGACCAUUGGUCAUCCACUUUCAGAUAUUGCAAAUCUAACAAGUCCAUGGUUCCUUGACUCAGCCGAGCAUAAAGCAGAGCAUUUCCAGCAGUCCCUCGGUAUGCCAACGAGACAACAAAGUCUCCAGUGGUAUGCUGAGGUAACGGGAUACGAUCCAAUUCCAGACAUGGAUUGGGGAGAUGCUUUCUUUGCAUUCCGUGGCUCCGUUAUUAUGCAGGGAAUUGCUGCGCGCUACGCGUUACGCCAGGCUAGUAGUGCACGAGCACAGGAUUAUAUCAAAAAUAUUAAGCCGUUUGCUAAAGAGACUCACCGGCUAGUGAAAGCGGUUGAAGCGAAGACCAUGAAAGGUCGUCUGUAG